AUGACUGACCAUACUCCACCAUCCACCAGGAGAGAAGUACUCGAACUACUAUCCCUACAAUCACGGAUCGGGAGUCGCCCACCACGGCCGACGCUGCCGCGCCCAACCUCCACCGCGGCCGACUGCCUCCACGCGAAUUCCCUUGCGAGGCUCUCUGGCGACCACACCGCCUACUCCAGAGGCGAGGAGCUUGCCGGCGUCCAGCUCCUCAAGGAGAAGCGCGCUCCACCGCCGACGCUGCCGCGCCCAAAUCCCACCGCGGCCGACCGCCUCCGCUCUCUCGAUGGGGAUCCGCUGCGGCAGUGCCAGGACGUUCACCAUCGCCACCGCAGUCUGUUCACCGCGGACGCCACAUGCCUGCACCCCACGGCCGGCCACCGCGCGUCUGGAGCGCGCUCUUCCGCCUAUUCCCAGUGUGUCGCCGCCGGCUCACCCGAGCGCGCCGCUGAUGGCCUUCGGUGCUAUCGCAGGCACCAAGACCGUCGCUGUGCUGGUGCAUAUUUCGUGAGAAAAUCCCGACGUCCAGCUCUUCAAGGAGAGGAGCCUGCCACCGCCGACGCUGGCAUUGCCAUGGGUGCCCAUCCUUGCUGUCCGAUGGAACCGCUCAGACGGUCAUACCGCGGUCGUCGUCAGAAUCAUCCGAGUUGAUUUAACCAAUUUUUGAAUCCUCGCUGAAUAAGCAGGAAGUUGUAUUUGGAAGCUUUCUUGGACUUAUAUCGUAAUCAUGGUAUAUGGCUUGAUUGUCUCAUGUGGUGCUUGCAUGGUAUGUGUGUGAUGAUUUUCCUGAAAGGCAGAAGUUUUAUCAUGCUAUGUUCUUUCAACUUAUGUGUAACAUUUUGGUUUUCUUAUGGACUCAAAUCUGAUAUACUAGACCCAAACCUUUAUCCUUCUUCCA